GCAUGCGUCCACCUAUUCUAGUGGCUGAGGGACAGAGACGGUGGGAGAGUGAGCUAGCUGUGUAAUGGCGGCCGUGGUGUUGCUGUCUGCGGAGAGCCCCGGCCCCAGCUUUACGGUCGGCAAUCCCGGAGAGGCAGCAGUCCCCGGUAACGGACUAGGGGCAGCAGGACCGGCUUCUUGGAACCGCGCCCUCGAUAGGGCCCUGGACGAAGCGGCGGCCACCGGCUGCCUCAAUCUCAGCGGCAGGAAACUGAAGGAGUUCCCGAGGAGCGCCGCUAACCACGACCUCUCAGACACGACCCGGGCCGACCUGUCCCGGAACCGGCUGCCGGAGCUUCCCGUGGAGGUGUGCAUGUUCGUUUCCUUGGAGAAUCUGAACCUGUACCAGAACUGUCUGCGCUCACUACCUGAGAGCCUGAUCAACCUGCAGGCCUUGACGUACCUCAACAUCAGUCGGAAUCAGCUGACCACCCUACCAGCCCCGGUGUGCAGUCUUCCCCUCAAAGUUCUAAUCGCCUGCAACAACAAGCUGGUGUCUCUGCCAGAGGAGCUCGGCCAACUGCGACAGCUCACAGAGCUGGAUGUGAGCUGUAAUGAGAUCCAGACGCUUCCUCAUCAGGUCGGCCAGCUGGAGGCGCUACGCGACCUCAACAUUCGCAGGAACCACUUGGCGCGCCUGCCCCCAGAGCUGGCAGAGCUGCCGCUGGUGCGUCUGGACCUCUCCUGUAACAAGGUGACGUCGAUCCCGGUGUGUUACCGCAACCUGCGGCACCUGCAGAGCAUCGUGCUGGACAACAACCCUCUGCAGAGCCCACCUGCGCAGAUCUGCAUGAAGGGCAAGAUUCACAUUUUUAAGUAUCUGAACAUGGAGGCGUGUAAAACGGGGCCUGAACUGCAGGACUUUGACAGGAGAGCGCUGGCCUGCGGAUCCUGUGUGGAUGAACUGUACCCUGGCCGGUCUUAUGGAGCCUUGGACUCCGGGUUCAAUAGCGUGGACAGCGGAGACAAGAGGUGGUCAGGGAAUGAGCCCGCAGAGGAGCUGUCGGACCUGCCGCAGCGGGUGGCAGAGAUCACCAAGGAGCAGAGACACCGCAGGGAGAGGGAGGAGAGCAGGGGCAUGGCCAACGGCAACGAAGCAGAGAUGGAGCAGAUAGACUUCAUCGACAGCAGCUGUGUGGAGGAGGAGGAGGAGAGGCAGAGACGGAGGACGGACACCGCCAGCCUCAGCACCCAGUUCAUGGCCUACAUCGAACGACGAAUCACUAGAGAGCGUUCACCAGUGAAGCCCAGAGACACAAGGACAGAUGAAACUCACAGAAACGGCGCCCUCAGCAGGAGCUUCCUGAAUGGAAGAAGUGUGUCGCCCUCUGCUGGUCACAGUCAGCGGGGUGCAGGGGCGGGGUCAGGGGUAAUGGGAGUGGAGCGCGUGCGGAGAGAGGCCCAGCUCGCUGCCCUGCAGUAUGACGAGGAGAGGCAAAGGGGGCGCCAUUCCCAAAAGGAGCCCAUCAUGACUUACGCCAAGCUCAAAGCAGCACAGAGCCCUUCCAAGCAGAGUCCCACAGAGAAUGAGAACGCGUACCCUUCCAGACGCUCUACCCAUACAGACGACUCCGCCCUCUUCAUGAGUGAGGAGCGUUCCCCCCUCUCCCCAAACUCCUCUGGGCCCCCCUCAGUCAUCCAAUCACCUUCCUGUCCUGGCCCCACGGCCCUACCUUCCUGUCGGGGCCCCGCCCCACGGCCCCAAAGCUUCCUGUUCCGCCUCAGUCAGAGAGAGGAGACCAGGAGAGAGUCAGGGGUUCCCAGGUCAGAGCCUGAAGAGACCACGCCCCCUCAGGCCCAGGGUCUUGUGGGAGAAGAAGCAGAACUGGUAGAGCAGCUACGAAAGAACAUCGAGUCCCGGCUGAAGGUGACGUUGCCUAGCGACCUGGGGGCUGCGUUGACCGACGGGGUGGUGCUCUGCCACCUGGCCAAUCACGUGCGGCCACGGUCCGUGCCCAGCAUCCACGUGCCCUCUCCUGCUGUGCCCAAACUGACGAUGGCCAAGUGUCGGCGGAAUGUGGAGAACUUCCUGGAGGCGUGUCGCAGGCUCGGGGUUCCCCAGGCCCAGCUGUGCCUUCCACUCCAUAUCCUGGAGGAGAGAGGGCUCCCCCAGGUGGCCGGGACAGUAAGUGCACUGCUGGAGCUGGCUCCCCCGAAACACUCCCCCUCCACCUCAGUGAGUGUCACCACCUCCCUCGCCAUUUAGGAUGGGCAGACGGACUGACGGACACAAGGAACCACGCAUAGAUCUGACACUCACCCUCCCGAGCCCUGGACUUCGCCCUCCCCCCUUCGACAUGGCCCCCCAUCCUGGUGGGAGGGCACCCUCACACACCUUCUCCCUUUGCGGCGACCCCCUUUCUGCAGAGAGUGACCGAGAGCCUCCCCAGCACCCCAGAGGGAGAGGGUGAGGAAGAGGAGAAAUUUUGGGUAUUAUGACCUUAUGUUCUAGAGCCAGAGCCAUCAGGUCAGGGUUCUUUUCCUCAGGACUGACAGACAGGACAGACAAACAGACACAGGGGCAGCCACUUUGGACAGAGAGAGUAGAAGAGAAAGACAGUCAUUCUUCCUUUUACAUUAAGUUGUCUUCUCAGUUUAUUUCCCUUUGGUAUUGCCUCUGUCUGUGUAGGGGAGUUUUUCAUCCCUGGUUUCUUUUUGUAUAUUAUUAUAUUAUUAUUAAGGUCAGAAGGCAGAGGUCUGUGUGACAUGGAGGGUUGGGAUGGGAGGGAUCUUGCUGCCUUGGUAACUUGGAGGAUAUUUAUUUCCUCUGUAUUCCUGUGUGUCAGUGUGUCAGGUGACCUGGACUGCCCAGUCCCCAGAGGGGAGGUUGACACAGCUGGCUCAUCCCGGUUUGAUGGAGCGGCUAAGAAAUUAUGUCCUUUUAAUUAAAGGACUGUGCUGGGCAGAGAUGUGGAUUAAGUGAAUGCACCUGAUGUAUCCAUCUCUUUGCCUCCAAAAUUUUAUAUCUUGUGUUUGGAAUGUUAUUAUGCCUUAUCCCCUUUGGGCAGGAAUCUCUGCAGUGCAGGAGCGCUGAAACGACACAAGUGCAAUUCUCUGAUAUGCACACACACACAGCUAGCGGCUGUCAAUUUAUCACACUACAAGUCCCACGGUGCACCUCUGUGGGCGCCAAUUGGAGAAUAGGCGCUAUGCCACUGACAUCAUCCAUGCAGCUCACAGGCACUUGACGAAUUGCAGGAUGCCUCAGAGUGGUGAGGUGAGAAAACCCUACCCAAAAACCCACCCCUACCCUCAUAAAACGAAGCCAGUUUGUUAUACUGCUGUGGGCUCCUGGUCAUUUUCAGACCUGGGCCUUAGAAAAACACCUUGCUGACUGAGUCACUCAGGAGCCCUGUAAUGUUCAUAAAUGCAUAGCUCCAGUUUGUACCUGUCGCCAGGAGAUCAAGGCCUAAAUCACACGUAAGCCUGGUGUAUGAAAUCAGCCCCUUAGGGUUCCCAUUUUACACCACAGUAAGAACAGUACAACACUACACCGCAACACAGUGCAGACCAGGGUCUAACACUGUUUAGCAACAAUAACGCAAUAUACGCAAAAACAACGGAAUUCUGCAUAACUGAACACCACACACCCUGACACCUCACCUCAAUCAAAGCACUACACUACACACUCCUACAUAGCACUACACUUCCCAGCAUGACACAGCACAGCAGUACCGCUAGGAAAGCAGCUGCUAUGAACCCUGCAUGUGGUCCUCCUCCCCCUGAGAGAGGGGAAAAGGAGAUGUUAACAGGGUUAAUCACCUGUUAUACAGCAGACAAGCCCCCAACCUCUAAGUCCGAAAUGGCUCACCCUCUUAUAUCCAGUCACCGCAUCUGCAGCAGACAGCACAAUGCUCUUUGUGUUUUUAGUGAAUGCGUGUAGAGGGGUUUUGUAGAAGAAUGGGCCUGUAGGCAUGCACAGCUGUAUCUACUCUUUUUCAAUCAUGUUACACCAACUCACUGACGCAGUUAUUUUACACCAGUUUACUGAUCCGAGCCUGCUUCACAGACUCGUUCGCUCAGACCUGUUACCCUGACUCACUCCUGAUGGACCGAUUAGAUGACUGUUACAAUGACUCAGGCUUCCUACUCAAUCAUACUUUUAUCAGGUUAAUUUUUGUCAAAUUUUAUCAAAUUUUUUUAUCAAGCCCCAUUGCUUUUUACACCAUUUAGCCUUUUAGUACAAUGUACGUACCCGCUUUCUUAAAGCAGGGAUCGAGUUUGAUUCCAGUUUUCUUUACCCAGCUCAGUUGUGUACAAGUGUUCAAAAGUCUGACACAGUGAAAGAUGUGCUUGGGUAAACUGCAACAAUGUGACUCAAAAUGAAUGCUGCCAUCAUGAAUUGUGUUCACUGGACUUCAGUGACUGCCUGCUACUGUUAAUGCAAAAACAGCAGGAGGGACAUAUUCGUCAAAAUGUAAAUUGUAAUAAUGUUUGAAUGUACCGAGUAAUGGCAGAGCUUCCAAUUGAAGUGGUUAAUCUGUGGUGACUUGCAAUCUUAACUUUCUUAAUGACAGUUUUCUGGGGUGAAUACAUUAUUAGUUAAUGACAGGUAGCAAAUUUAGCACUACUUAGUGUACGUACCAACACAGAGCCGAAUUGAGUGUACGUAGCCCUGUGUUUUGCUACACUUACUCAGACUUGACUUACAGUUAGAACAUGUACUGAUCCUCCAGUAUCUAAGGGAUGCAAUUACACAGGACACACAGGCAAGGUGAGGGACCAGAACACAGCCCAGCUGGGAAUUCUGGGAAGGGUUGAAGGGGGGGGGAAUGGUCUUAAAGUGUAUCACUGCGAGUUAAAGUGACCUCUGACCUCUGUGUGGACGUGUAGGAGACAGGGACGGAGUGGGUUUUUUUAUGUGUAAAUAUAAGGGGGGAUUUCUGUUUUGUACACUUAUUCCUCUCCUGCAUGCUGGGUCCACAUGCACAGUUUGAAAAACAUGGAACAUAAAUGUAGAUGAGAAAAAAGUAACAUCUUAACUUUCUUUUUUAUAGACUUCAGGCUUUGAAAAGGGAAGUUAAAGAUGAUUUAUUUGUAAUUAUUAUAAAUGUGCUUUUCUUUCUGUAUAGAUAUUUUUUAUGUUUUUACCUGAGUUUGUGUGUUGCAGCUGUUUCCCUGGCCAAAGCCACGUGACCCCACUGUAGGGUCAUUCACUCUGUGACUCUACAGUACAUACACAUUCCGUUCAUUUAAAUGUACUGCUUCCUGUACACCGAAAAGGACUUCUUCUCCUUUACAACAGAACCUUCUCUUGUGUGGAGUCUCUUUUAACCUUUUUCAUGGCUUUUUUUGAACAAUUGAUCAUCACAAAAAAUGCUGUAUCUGGUCUGAAAUAAGAGUGUAUAGAGAGAGAACUUCCUGGAGAUUCUAUUUGUUAUCUUUUUGAAAUGGUCCAAUAAAAUGCAGUUUC